GACUGAAACCCCACCUCACUUUCGUUUUAAAGUCAUGGGCUGUGCGUAAAAGCUCGCCUUCACUAUAAGUUUGGAUCUUCUCUACCAUGAAAUUUCCCUCAUAUAUAUCUCUUCAACCAGCGCAGAAUUAACCCAGGGUUGGACAAUAAAGUAACUUUCAUGGCGUCACAGAACGUCAGUUGCCGCGAGCAGAUCAGCGUCUCUGGAGGAUCUCCCACAAUACCCGCGUUCAUGUUUUCCACCGGUGUCCUUGGGAAUGUGGUCGCCUUAAUCCUCUUGGAAAUGCGGCGGAGGAAACAACCGGCAUCUCUAUUCCACGUCCUGGUCUCAUCUCUAGUCAUCACGGAUUUGCUGGGAACUUUCUCCCUCAGUCCUCUAGUUUUAACUGCGUACUUCAGGAACGCGUCUCUGCUCGGGAUGAAUGAAAAUCGGCUGGCCUGCGGACAUUUUGCAUACGCGAUGACAUUUUUCAGCGUGGUGACCCUCGCCAUUCUUCUGUCCAUGGCCGUGGAGCGCUGGCUCUCCAUUGGCCAUCCUUUCUUUUACGAGAAGUACUCGAGUAAACGGUGCGGGUACAUCACCAUCGCGCUCAUUUACCUGCUGUGCGCGCUCUUCUGCGUCACACCUUUCCUCGGGUUCGGGAAGUAUGUCCAGUACUGUCCGGGAACGUGGUGCUUCAUUGAUAUGGACCCGUCUGCGAGCGAACACAAGGCGUUUAAUAUCAUCUACGCGUCUUGUUUGCUGCUCAUGAUAGUGUGUACUGUUUUGUGCAACGCGUCCGUCAUUUAUCACAUUUCGCGCAUGUAUAGGAGGCUGAAGGCGCACCGGAGCUCAGUCCGGCGGCAGCGCGGACACAAGAGACACCGCUCCAUGACCAAGGAGGUUGAACAUCUGGUGCUGCUGUGGUUCAUGACAAUAGCAUUCGUCUUUUGCUCUCUUCCUCUUGUGAUUCAAGUUUACCACAAUACUCUCUACCACCGAGAUCGUCACAGAAACAAUGUCAUCCCCCUUCUUUUCCUCUCGGCCAACCCCAUCAUCGACCCCUGGGUGUUCAUCAUCCUCAGCCCUCCGGUGCCCCGUCUGCUCUGGGACAAGAUCUGUAAAGCUGCAAAAUCCAAACCCAUCAGGGAGAAGGUGCACAGCAUUCACCCUGUCCUGUACCAUUCGAGUCCACCUGCAGACUGA